UUCGCGCAGGCGGUGUGGCGGGCGGCCCGGCGUCCCUAAGGCCCCCUCGGCUCUGUCAUGGCGGCCGCGCUGUGGGUGCUGCUGCUGCUGCCGCUGGCGGCCGCUGUGUAUGAGGAUCAAGUGGGCAAGUUCGACUGGAGGCAGCAGUACGUAGGGAAGCUCAAGUUUGCUUCCUUGGAAGCCUCACAGGGUUCAAAGAAGCUCAUUGUGGCCACUGAGAAGAACGUUGUGGCCGCCCUGAACUCCAGGAGCGGCGAAAUCCUGUGGCGCCAUGUGGACAAGGGGACCCCUGAGGGAGCGAUCGAUGCGAUGCUGAUCCACGGGCAGGAUGCCAUCACGGUGUCCAAUGCUGGCCGCAUUCUGCGUUCCUGGGAGACCAACAUCGGAGGGUUGAACUGGGAGACGUCCCUGGACACGGGCAGUUUCCAGGCGGCGUGUUUGGUGGGGCUCCAGGAUGCGGUGAAAUACGUGGCCGUGCUGAAGAAGGCGGCCAUCUCCCUUCACUACCUCUCCAACGGGCACCAGAAAUGGGUGGAACACUUACCAGAGAGUGAGAGCACUCAGUACCAGUUGUUGUAUUCCCGUGGGGCUGGAGUGAUCCACGUGCUUGGAAUCGUUCCCCAGAGCCACUUGAACGUUUUAACGUUCAGCGUAGAAGAUGGAGAAAUUACAAAACAGAUCCGAGUAGCAGCCCCGUGGCUGAAAAGCUUAACGGGCACGUGCGGCGUGGUGGGGGACGCGGUGCUGGUGUGCGUGGACAGGGACAGUCAGUCGCUCUACGUUUGCUCCUUGGAGACGGAGCAGGAGAUGAAGCAGAUCCCACUGCAGUCGCUUGAGCUGGAGUUUGCCGAUGGCUUCCAGCCCAGGAUAUUGGCCACUCAGCCCAACGCAGUCGCUGCUUCCCGGACGCAGUUCUUCCUGCAGCUGGCUCCGAGCCACUUCUCGCUGCUGCAGUACAAACACGGGCUGCUCAGCCACCUUCGGGACUUCCAGCAGGCAGCUCUGGUGAGUUUUGCAACAACUGGGGAGAAAACUGUGGCUGCUGUCCUGACCUGCAGGAGUGAACUGAAAUCUGUGAGUUCCGAUGGCCUUCAUGCUGCAGGUGCUCUGGAGGAGCCCCGGAAACAGGAAUCCUUAACCUGUUCCAAUCAAACCUACAAUAUUAAUCUCUACCUGGUUGAAACUGGCCAGAGGUUGUUGGACACCACGAUUACCUUCACCCUGGAGCAGAGCGGGGCCAAACCGCAGCAGCUGUACAUCCAAGUUUUCCUGAAGAAGGAUGACUCCGUGGGCUACCGAGCCUUGGUGCAAACAGAAGACCACAUGCUGAUGUUCCUGCAGCAGCCAGGAAAGGUCGUGUGGAGCAGAGAGGAGUCCCUGGCAGAAGUGGUAAGCUUGGAGAUGGUGGAUCUGCCUCUGACAGGGGCACAGGCCGAGCUGGAGGGAGAAUUUGGAAAGAAAGCAGAUGGUUUGCUGGGGAUGUUUCUGAAGCGGUUGUCUUCCCAACUUAUCCUGCUGCAAGCCUGGACCGCUCAUCUUUGGAAGAUGUUCUAUGAUGCCCGGAAGCCCCGGAGCCAGAUUAAGAAUGAGAUUAACAUUGACAAUUUGGCCAGAGAUGAAUUCAACCUCCAGAAAAUGAUGGUGAUGGUCACCGCUUCAGGAAAGCUUUUUGGUAUUGAGAGCAGCUCUGGCACCAUCCUGUGGAAACAAUAUCUCAGGAACGUGAGACCCGGUUCCUCCUUUAAGCUGAUGGUCCAAAGAACAACAGCCCACUUCCCGCACCCUCCGCAAUGCACCUUGCUCGUUAAGGACAAGGAAACCAAAAUGAGCUUUCUGUAUGUGUUUAACCCCAUCUUUGGGAAGAGAAGUCAAGUAGCUCCCCCUGUUUUGAAGCGCCCAAUUCUUCAGACUUUGCUUCUGCCCAUUAUGGAUCAAGACUACGCCAAAGUACUGCUCUUGAUUGAUGACGAGUACAAGGUUACAGCUUUCCCAGCAACUAAAAAUGUGCUUCGCCAGUUAGAAGAAAUAGCCCAUUCUAUCUUUUUUUAUCUGGUGGAUGCCGAGCAGGGAAGACUCUCUGGAUUCAGGCUGAAAAAGGACCUGACAACAGAGGAGAGCUGGGAGGUGGUGAUACCCACCGAAGUACAGAGGAUCGUGAGCGUGAAAGGGAAGAGGUCGAACGAGCACGUGCACUCGCAGGGCCGUGUGAUGGGAGACCGCAGCGUCCUCUAUAAGUCCUUGAAUCCAAACCUGCUUGCUGUGGUGACGGAGAGCACCGACACGCACCACGAGCGCACUUUCAUCGGAAUAUAUCUGAUGGAUGGAGUCACGGGCAGGAUCAUCCACUCGUCGGUGCAGAAGAAAGCGAAGGGACCCGUCCACAUCGUCCACUCAGAGAACUGGGUGGUGUACCAGUACUGGAACACGAAGGCGCGUCGGAAUGAGUUCACCGUGCUGGAGCUGUACGAGGGGACGGAGCAGUACAACGCCACAGCCUUCAGCUCCCUCGACCGCCCCAUUUUACCCCAGGUCCUCCAGCAAUCGUACAUCUUCCCCUCUGCUAUCAGCGCCAUGGAGGCCACCAUCACCGAGCGAGGCAUCACCAGCCGCCACCUGCUCGUUGGGCUUCCCUCCGGGGCCAUCCUCUCUCUUCCAAAGGCUCUGCUGGAUCCUCGCCGCCCGGAGAUCCCUACGGAACAAAGCAGAGAAGAGAACCUGAUCCCGUACUCCCCCGAUGUGCAGAUCCAUGCCGAGAGGUUUAUCAACUACAACCAAACCAUAUCCCGAAUGAGGGGGAUUUACACAGCCCCCUCCGGCCUGGAGUCCACGUGUUUGGUUGUCGCGUACGGCCUGGACAUCUACCAGACCCGCGUGUACCCGUCGAAGCAGUUUGACGUCCUGAAGGACGACUACGACUACGUCUUGAUAAGCAGCGUCCUCUUCGGGCUGGUUUUCGCGACGAUGAUCACCAAAAGGCUGGCGCAGGUGAAGCUGCUGAACCGGGCCUGGCGGUAGCGCUGCGCCGGGGCGGGUGCCCGAGGUUUGGGGCUGGCUGAGGACCUGCCCCCCUCAGAAACUCCAGCUCGCGUGACUCGUGGACGCAAACAUCUCUAUUCCAUUUCGCCUGGAAGAAAAGCUGCUAACGCAACAAAACCAUCCGCGGGCUCCGCGUCUCCCGCUGACAAGAAAUGGGAGAUGGGAAAGAGACACCGCUCUGUUCAUGACUCAAAUAGAACUCUUCCAAACCUCCGUUAAAGCCCUAAAAUCCGCAGUUGCGUCGUCUAACGUCAGUGAAGCUCCCGUGUGCGAGGACUGAGACGAGGACCAGACGCUGGGGGAUUUGUCAGCAAAAAGGUUCGAAAUGGGGUGGAUGUUGGGGGCCAAUUAAUGAAGUUGCCGGGCUCAGGAGGGAUUUAAGUGUGAAGUCUCUCUGUGUUCGUUAUUUAUUGUUAUGAUAACGGUAGUUCCUUCUCAAUUCUUUUUAAACUCGCCCACGUUAUUGUCCAAUGCCGGGGUUGAGGAGCAAAGACCCUCCCAGCGCGUUUCCCCUCCAGAUAAUGACUUUUAGCUCUUUGUAUGUGGAUUUAAAUUGUCGCGAUGAAGUCCCGCCCCCCAGCGCCCGUGUCCCGCCCGUCCCCUCAAUAAAAGCUCAGGAGCACGAA